AUGUACCGAGGUAGGAAUAGAUCAAAAACCAAUAAGGAUGCAGACGACGGAAGCGUCAGGGGCCCUAACUCUGCGUUAACGCAGUUUCUGAAGGAACAGGGCAUCAGCGCAGAGAGUAUACGGCAAAGGUGGCUGAAAAGCCGCGAGAAGGAGGGCGGAAGCGAAACCGAUGGAGUCAAGAAAGAGGGAAGCGAAGAGGACGAACGAAGCUUGUCAGCGUCAACCCGCCCGAAAUCCGAAGAGAGCGGCACCGAAUCUGGUGAUGAAUAUGAUAGAAGUGACGAGGAGAACGAAGAGGAUAAUGAUGAUGAUGCUGAUGAGACUGAGAGUCAGGAAAUCACCCGGAGCCGGCUUAAGGCAAACGGGAGCCCAAGAGAGAAUCGUCUUAAGAGGUUUGCCGCUGAAUCGGAAGAUAGCGACGAAGAAGAAUAUGACGAGGGAAUGAGCUCUAGAACCAUUUCAGAGACUCCUGUUCCACUGCAGCAAGAAGACCACGCCCUCAAGAUUAAAAAGAGCAAACAGCAGUUACAGCAGAGAAGAAGAAAGAAGAAGAGAGCGGCCGAGCUGCUAGACAGGAAGACACGCCGGAUCUCGACCUUGCAAGAUAUAUGCAUAUCCCAAAUCAGCGCCAAUAUCUCCAAAUUGCAAAAAGAAACCAGCUCAAGCGACGAAACUUUGUCGCAGCAAAUUCGUCAGACCUUGGGUGGUAUCUCUACUGAAAACAUGAACAAGCUGGCGCGAACUCUCUCAAAAAACAGGGCUUUAAAUGACCACACACUUCAACUGUUUCUCAGGACAGAUUUAGAGUCCUUGACAUUCCAUGAUUGCUCAAAGGUGUCGUACGAAGGUUACAAGCUUUUAGCAAUUUUCGCUCCCCAUCUGUCAGAACUCUCGCUGCAAAUGUGCGGACAGCUUAACAACGAAGCGCUGCUUUAUAUUGCACAAAAAUUACCAAACCUGAAUGCAUUAUAUUUAGACGGGCCGUUUCUUAUAAAUGAAUCUACAUGGGAUGAGUUUUUCUCCUUGAUGAAAAACAGACUGAAAGCAUUUCACGUCUCAAACACUCACCGUUUCACUGACCAUUCUCUUCGGAACCUGCUAGAAAACUGUGGUGAAAGCUUGGUGUCCCUGAGGCUUUCAAGACUAGAUGCUGUGUUUGACUACAGUCUCGUGUCGCAAUACCUGAGGAAUCCGAAUUUUGAACAUCUGUCUCUCGAGUACCCAAAUAAAGAAGAGCUUGUAUCGGAUGACAUAGUGAUAGACGCUUUAAAGCAGGUUGGGCCAACUCUAAAACACCUGAGCUUGAAUGGGUGUUUCGCAUUGACUGAUGCAACAUUUAUAAGCGCAAAAGACGCGCUUUCAUCAGAGAACUCGCAUUCAAGUAUGCUUGAGAAUCUUCAGUUGGAAGAGCUGGAUCAAAUUACCACCGAUGGGAUGGUCUAUUUCUUCAGCAAUAUCCAGAUGCCCAACUUAAAGAACUGCAGCCUGCGACGCUGCUUCCAGCUUCAGGACAUGGCUGUCAGCGAGCUUUUCUUGAAUGAAGCCAGCAAAAGCCUUACCGACUUAAGUCUCAACUCCCUUAAGGAUGUAAAGGGUGAAUGCUUUGAGGCUAUGGAAUGUCCAAAGCUAAAGCGUCUCGAUGUGGGAUUUAUGGGGUGCGUUAACGAUAAGCUGGUCAAAAACCUGGGGGAGCGGAACCCAGACCUUGAGAUUUUAGAAGUCUUCGGAGAUAACCUUGUGAGUCGAAAUGCCGUGAUUCGGCCGGGCCUUACGGUGAUCGGGAGACAAAGCGACACUUUAUGA